AUGGCUACCGCGGACUCAUUGAUUGCGAGUCUUCAGGAUAUCCACGGGGAGACCUUUACAGAUAAGGCGGAGAGGGUACGGGCCAGAGAUGCGUUGUACGAUGCUUUGAGAAAAGUUCAGACGCCGUGGGAUAUUGCGUGGGACCACAUCGUUGUCAAGGGCGGCGGGAACGCGGCUAUCAAGACACUCAUCGACGCCGGCGUAUUCAGAAAGUGGCAUGAGGCCGGCGGCGGGCCGAUCACUUGUACCGACCUCUCAAGGUUGACCGGUGCCGACGAGCAUCUCAUCAGGCGCAUGAUGAGGGCGAUAGCGGGCCAACGCCUCGUCAUCGAGACAGACCUCGACACUUACGCCCGCACGCCCUGGGCUCAGGCCCUCGGCGAGGACGCGCCCCUGCCCGCCAUGUACGGCGGCUUCUACGGCGAGCUGACGAACCCCAUGUUCCGCUCGCUGCCGUACUUCCUCAAGGAGAACGGGUACAAGAACCCAACGGACAAGAACGACUGCAACUUCCAGCACUGGCGGGGCCCCGACGCCGUCUUCUUCAAGUACGUCGGCACGAACCCGCUCCUCACGUCCGACUUCAACGACGUCAUGGAGUGUCACUCGCGUGAUAACCUCACGGCGUGGACGGAGGUGUAUCCCACGGAGAAGAUCAUCGAGGGCGCGAUCCCGGAGCGGCCGCUGGUCGUCGAUAUCGGCGGCGGUAAGGGCCACGACCUGAAGAAAUUCCACGUCCGGCACCCGCAGGUCCCCGCGCGGCAUCUCAUCCUGCAGGACUUGCCUGAUUUUCUCAAAGACGUACAGUCCGACGCGGCCUUUACGAUACAGCCGCACGACUUUUUCACGCCGCAGCCGCUGCGCGGGGCGCGGGCGUACUUUUUGCACAACGUGCUGCACGACUGGCCCGACGCCACGGCCGUGGUGAUUCUGAAGAACAUUGCGGGUUCCAUGGAGAGGGGUUACUCGAGGCUGCUGAUCCACGAGAGCUUGAUCAGCGAGAGGGAGCCGCUUUCUAAGGUGACGGCGACGGAUAUGAUCAUGAUGGCGGGGCUGGCGUCGGCGGAGAGGACGGAGGAGCAGUGGCGGGACCUCAUUGCGGCGGCGGGACUGCGGGUUGUCAAGAUUUGGAGGCCGGUGCAGGCGGUUGAGAGUGUCAUUGAGACGGAGUUGGUUUGA